GCCACAGCCAUCAAGGGAACAAUCCAAAAAGAGAUUGCGAGCCUGGAGAGCGUAAAUUCCUCGGAGGCGCGACGCGCUGCAGAGGUUCUUGGUGACAAGUGUGAGGACAAGAAUUUCGACAACUUGUACAGGAAUGCCCUUCUCGAAGCAGGUGGCGUGCACCUGGCGGUGAAGCUGCUCAGCAGCAAAGAGCCACAGGAGAUGGCCUCCCGCCUUCUCAUGAGCCUCGUGAAGGCAGGUGACUGUGCCAAGCAGGCACUGCUCGAAGAGCCUUGCGCCAUCCCUUCUCUGGUAGAAGUUCUCCAGAAAGGCACAAGCAAUGCCAGGUCGUAUUCUGCUGCCAUCCUCCGAAAUCUGUCCGACGGCUCAGAAGCUCGCAGUAAGAUGGUGGCCCAGCAAGAAGGCGCCGUCAAGGGGCUCAUCGGCCUCGUGACAGCCGUUAUCAACGACGCUGUGUCUCAGCGCCGAGCGACCGAAGCGCUGGCAAAUUUGGCAAGGUACAGCGGCAUCCAAGCGGGGAGGGAGGCCCUCGGCAAGCUGGCACAGCUGCGUCUUUCUCGCGACGAGGAUCUGGCGGAAGCAGCCACGGAGGCUUUGGAGAACUUGGGGCGCCACAGCGCUAACCAGGACGCCGUCGCCCAGGCCGGAGGGAUUCAGGACAUAUUGAUGUUCCGGGGUGAAGGCCCAGCAUUUCAAGCUCCCGAACGAUUUUGUUUUGUUCAACCCGUCUUCUCUGCAUGUAGCGGGAGUGUCUCUUAA